AUAUACAUAAGUCGGCCGAGAGAGGAACGCUGCACUGUCGUAGCCUUCUGUUUUACAAUUGAGUUUACUCGUACCCAGCUCUAUAACAAUGGAAGCCAUCACUGUAACAAUCCUGACAGUGCUGAGCCUCGCGACAGCCAGGAACAUCCCCAUCCACCAGCACGAAGCUGUACCGCAGCUACUGCUGGCUACUGACCAGCCACUCAGCCACAUGGACACUCCGCUCACCGGGACAUUGCCUGCACGGGAACUACUAGAGGAGGACUCUUCACUCGGAGGAGCGCUCGCCCCUCUGUUGCCCUCAAUCGACGACAAAGAAGUGGGAGAACAACCAGACAAUGUGGGGGAACUGGGCGACGCCGCGGGUGCUGGCGACGGGGACGGACACACUGCUGCCACAGCCGCCGAGGAAGCGGGGGACGGUGAAACAGAACAGAACGCUACGGUACUACAAGAUAGAGACGCUCUCGGAGCGUCUAUAUGUCUUCCUGGAACAGUGAGAGUGGGCACUGAGUGUUAUAAAAUUCAUAAAAAAAGGAGCUAAAAGUGCUCGUUAAGUAUUUAUUUAUUUAUUUUAUGAAAGUAGUGCCGACAUGCAUCAUGCAGCCUUCCAAAGAACUGUUGGUGUUUGUAGUUAGUUCGUUAGUUGUUCAUCUUCUCGCGCAGUUAGCCGUUGUUGUUGUUGUUGUUGUUGCUUGAUAAGCGACACGUUGUUAUCUAUUGUGUAACUACGUAGUGCUCCGUGUGUAAUUGUCCAAUUUCCCACAUUGUACCAGUCUGUAGCAGUAGUACAAGUAUGUACACUACUGUAAUCGCAACAUUUUCAGUUUGCUUUCUUAUUUGAAAUAUCUGUGUUUCUGUAAUGGAAUACAAUACUGGUUUGUAAUUCUGGUGAAUAAAUAAUCAUUAUGACACAAUG